GUAACCGAAAUCACAUCCAUAGUUCCAUAAUUCCUUUAUAAAAGUAUAUAAUUUGGUAACCAUAAUAUAGUCAUAUACAUCCUCCUUUUCCAUCCUUUUUCUUUUCAAGUACUAACCCAAUCCAUUUCUUUCUUUACACAAAAAAAGAGCAAGAAAUAAGAAAAUGGGUGCUCUAGAUUUCCUUUCAGAUUACUUCACUGUCACCCCAAAAAAGAAACACAAACCCAUGCAGACAGUUGAAAUAAAGGUGAAAAUGGACUGUGAUGGCUGUGAAAGAAGAGUUCGGAAUUCUGUUACCAACAUGUCAGGUGUGAAGGAAGUAGAGGUGAAUAGAGAGCAAAGCAAGGUAACCGUGACUGGGAAUGUGGAUAGAAAUAAGGUCCUAAGGAAGGUGCAGAGCACAGGAAAAAGAGCAAAGUUUUGGCCAUAUGUUGAAGCUAACUUGGUGGCAUAUCCCUACAUAACACAAGCAUAUGCAAAAAAUGCACCUUCUGGAUAUGUGAAAAACACUGAAUUAGCAAUACCAAACCCAAAUGGAACAGAUGAUAAGAUCACUUCCUUCUUUAGUGAUGAUAACCCUAAUGCAUGUUCAAUCAUGUGAACCAAUUUUAGUCAUGCACACAAGUUCAAAACAAUUAGUUUCUUAGAUCAAUUAUUACUAUUUUGAUUUGAUGUAUUAAGACUUUGAAGCUAUUUUGGACAUUAUGUAAAAUGUCAAUGUGUGUUAUUAAUCACUAGUAAUCAAGUUCUGUUUUUUUGGGCUGCA